AAGUCACGAGACAACUUGAAGCAACGUACGCAACGUCUUCAGUUUUCAGUCUUGCACACGUAAACGGCAGACUCCUCGCACAGCCGAACGUGAAGCGUCCACCCCACUUAUUAAUCCGCUUCAAGGAGCCCCAGACCCCACACACAGUUCUUAUUCCAGCAACAAUGAGCGAGGAAGCAGCGACAAACAAGCCGACGUCGGGUCUGGUGUCCUUCGUGACCGGCGGGUUUGGCGGCAUGUGCCUUGUGGCGACGGGCCACCCGCUCGACCUCAUCAAGGUCAACAUGCAGACGCAGCCUAAGCCGUUGCCAGGUCAGCCGCCCAUGUACUCCAACGCCCUCGACUGCGCGCGCAAGAUGGUCGCCAAGGACGGGGUCCGCGGUUUGUACCGUGGCAUGUCAGCGCCACUAGUGGGUGUCAGUCCUAUCUUCGCCACAUGCUUCUGGGGCUACGACAUGGGCAAGCUCAUUGCCAUCAAGGCUUCGGGACAAUCGCCCACAGCGCCGCUGUCCAUGGGUCAGAUCAUGUUUGCUGGUGGCUUCUCGGCCAUCCCUGCCACUGUGGUCAUGGCUCCUGGCGAGCGCAUCAAGUGCUUGCUCCAGAUCCAGGCACAAGCCGUGGAGCGAGGUGAGCCUAAGCUGUACGACGGUAUGAUCGACUGUGCCAAGAAACUGUACCGCACCGGUGGUCUGUCAAGUAUCUUUCGCGGCUGGGAAGCUACUCUACUCCGCGAUGUUCCGGGUUCUGUCGGAUACUUUGGCGGGUUUGAGGCAAUCAAGCGCGGCUUAACGCCCAAGGGCAAGGAUCCGUCCGACUUGAACGCUUUCCGUGUGUUUGUGGCUGGUGGCUUUGCCGGUAUCAUCAACUGGGUCAUCGCGAUUCCGCCUGAUGUGAUCAAGUCGCGUAUCCAGACUGCUCCGGAGGGCACAUACCGCGGCAUCGUGCAUUGUUUCCAGGUGCUGAUGAUGGAAGAAGGUCCUGGUGCGCUUUUCAACGGUGUGGGACCUGCGAUGGCUCGCGCAUUCCCGGCCAACGCCGCCUGCUUCCUUGGCGUGGAGUUCUCUAAGAAGUUCCUGAGCUUUUUCGGCCUCUACUAGCUAGAGUACGUAACUUUGAGCGUCCGAUAAAUACAAGCGAUGUCUCCUGCAACCGAAGAAUAGCUGGAGGUUUUAAAUUGUCUGCAUACAUUACUAUUUGAAAAGAUUGAAAGCC